AUGAGGGCAGCUCUGGCCCUCCUGCUGCUCUUGGCCACCACAGAUGCGCUACACCGGGGGAAAGCUUAUGUCCGGGAGAAAGUCUGCCAGGAGUACAGGAUGCUGGGAAAGGAGAACUUCCGAACCCUGACCAUCAUUGCCAACAGCCGGAAAUAUUCCAAUGGCACCUUCGAGGAGAUCGGCCACCUCGUCCGGGAAAUCGUCUCCCUGGCCGAGAGGUGCUGCACCGACGGGGCUGACCCCUCCUGCUACGAUGCCGGGUCCACGGCGCUGUCGGUCAAAUCCUGCAGCGCGGACUCGCCCUUCCCGGCGCAUCCCGGCACGGCCGAGUGCUGCACCCACGAGGGGCUGGAGCGCAAGCUGUGCCUGGCCGCCCUGCGGCACCCGCCCCAGCCGCUGCCCCGCUACCUCCAGCCCUCCGACAAGGAGCUCUGCCAGGCCUUCCGGCAGGAUCCCAGGGAAUUCGCGGACAGGUUUCUUUACGAGUACGCCAGCAGCUACAGCCAGGCUCCCCUGCCCGUGCUCCUGGGCUCCACCACGACCUUCCUCUCCAUGGUUUCCACCUGCUGCAUCUCCCCUGCACCCACUGCCUGCUUCCUGAAGGAGAAACUGGAGAGGAAAACCCUCUCCCUGCUCACCCUGACGUCAAACCGGAUUUGCUCGCGCUUCUCAGCAUAUGGGAAGGACAAAGUCGGCUUCAGCUACCUGGCCUCUCUGGCUCAGAAGGCUCCCAGCGCUUCCUUCGAGGAUCUUCUCCCCCUGGCCGAAGACGCUGCCGAGGUGUCUUCCCAGUGCUGUGACUCGGUGGCCGAGGACUGCAUGCAGAAGAAGCUCUUGGAGCACACGACCAAAGUCUGCACCGCGCUGUCGGCCCGGGACGGGCGCUUCGCCGACUGCUGCACGGGGAAAAACCUGAUGGAAAACCAUUUCUGCAUCCUGGCCAUGCCCCCAGCGCCGGUUCCCAGGCUGCCAGAGGCGUCGGAGCCGACCAACAAGGAGCUGUGUGGCAAGGACGGGGCUCUCCAUGCCACCAGGUCCCUGUUUGAGCUGGCACGGAGGCACCCCAGCCUCCCUGACGCCGUCCUCGCCAAGCUCUAUGACUCCUCCGGGAAACUUCGGGAGGAAUGCUGCUCCACCAAGGACCCCUCCGCCUGCCUGGACAGCAAGCGCAAGCGGAUGGAAGCAGAGCUACUCCCCUUCCUGGAAAAGGCCAGCCAGCUCUGCCAGCAGUACCACAAGCUGCCUUUCCUUGAGUUCAAGAAGAGGCUGCGGGAGAGCCUGGCGCAGGCGGAGCCCGAGGCCAGCCCGGCGCACCUGGAGCAGCUCCUGGAGCAGCGAGCGUCCUUCGCCUCCACCUGCUGCCUCCCGGACGCUCCCCCUCUCCUCUGCGCUUCCAAGGUGAGCUCGGAGCUGGCAGAAGCGUGUAAGAAGGAGUCCUGCCUGCUGGGAUAGGGGCCCGGAGCCGGCGGCAGGGAUCGCUUCUCCAGGCGUGCACGGAUGGAGGAGGAGUGCGAGGCUGAGCUCCGUGAACACACGGGAACGGGAGACGUCGGGAGGGAGCACCAGGGGACUGCGCUGGAGGACGCCCGGCACAUGGAA